CGGCGAUCAUCCGCGCAGCUAUCCCCCGUCGUCCGAGUUCAGACCGAAUUUCAUACUCCCAUUCACUUCUCCGGUUUCUUCAUUGUUGCGCUUUGUGUCAGUUACGUUUCACUUCCACAAACGCUCACUCUCCCAAAUAGUCCCCACUUCGAUCUCUUUUUACUGCACGCUUGUUACAUCAACCUCCCACCAUGGAUUGCUUCACUUCGGCGAUGCUCUCGGGACGCGCAUAAUGUGGCGCAAGCGCAAGAUCUCCUCUUCUAUAUCAACACAUUCAUCAGAUAAACAUAGGAAAAAGAGACACAAAAAUACAUACCCCGUCAUACCAAGUGACGAAGAAAACGACAACGAAAGUUCUUCCUUAGCCGAAGACGAAUGGUAUAUCAACUGUAUCCUUGACGAAACAGAAUCUCAGUAUCUUAUUGAUUGGGAGGGGCCUUGGUCGCCUAGUUGGGAGCCAAAGGAACACGCCAACGACGCUGCAAUUCAGGUCUGGGAGGAGAAAAGGAGACACCGCCAGUCCCAGGCUGGUAGUCAUCUUACUGAAAUCUCAGAAACACAGUCAGCUAUUCAAUUCUCUCAAGGCCAUAGUGUAGAGUCCAUCGACUCGUCUGAACAGCGUUUGGAACAACGCGAGCGCUCACCAUUAUUUAUACCUUUCGACUCUGUAUCUGAGCCACACCCAUCUUUGGAGGCCAACCGAUGGUCUGAAGUUUUAGAGUCAAAACAAGUAACGCCUAUUACAGCCCCUUCACGCCGGCACAGUGACUACUUAACUGUACCGAUUGCCUCAGCAGCUGCACCGUCUGAGACUGCGUGUGUGUUUGAGUAUAGUCCGAGUGCUGCUAUCCCGUUAGAGUAUUUACUUCCUAGUGAAGUCCAAGGCUACCUCGCAACACAGACUACACACAGCCCCAGAGGAACUCCGAUUAUUGCUAGUGAAGGUGGAGUACUAAGAUCUGGCAAUCUAUUGACGCCCGAGGCUGCCCAAGGAUCUUCACAGUCCAAGUCAAUCGCAUCGCCCAUCAUCGAAGAGCUAUCCGGCACACCAGUCUGUGGCCUUCGUGGGGAAGUGGACGGAAUUACAGAGGCUCCAUCUGUUAAUUUGGCCCCUUUAGAGAGCCAGAAAUCCUUUCAGCAUCCUUUGUCGAGACCUGGUACACAGCACAUCCCCUUGUCAGAAAGCUGUCGGUCCGGGCUUAGUUCUUUGAUAUCCCAGCUACUACUACCUGGGAAUUGCCUCUCGAAAGGCCCCAUUAGAGCUGAUCGAUUGAGGUCUACAGUGCCAGAAUCAAACCCGAGUACAUCACAGGUGUCAAUAAACCCUUCCAUUCAACUCCUAAGUCAGAGACCAUUAUCUGCACGGCAAAGCAAUAAAGUAUCCAGGAUGUCUACUGGAAGCAUGGAGAGUCAUAACCAAAAGAAGGAAGUCCCAUCAUUGGCUGAAGCCAUGGAGAAGUAUAGUCAGUAUGAAGGAGCAACCCCGAGGGAGAAGAUGAAGAAUGCGUACGCCCAAUUGAGCGCCAAAGCGAAUUCUCUCCAGACUAUUGAUGUCAGUGUGACUCCGUCAUCUGUAGAAGAUAUCGAACCCGUGGCGCCUGUAUCCGUCCCCGAGACAACCGCACCUCUUAGUGUUAGAGUCGACAAGGAACCCACUGUUCAUCACACUGAGCCAGAAAUGAAUGCCACUUCAUCAGAACCACUUGAAGAGAUGCCACACCAAGAGCAAAGCACACAAACUAUUCAACCAAGUGCCUUGACAGUCACUCAUACCGAAGAAGUCCCUCCCGGAUCAGUACAUCUCGGUCCGUCUGAAUUCGCCGUUCCACUUCCAAUGGACUCCAGAGUCAAAGAUGACUACGAACGAGUCUUGGUAAAUGAAACCCAGGGUAUUCGGGAUUUUCUUAGAGAGUGCAGCGCUUCAGGGAUGUCCAACGGACAGGAAGAACGCCUUGUGUCAAGAAUGCGCGAGAUAUUAGGACGUCUAAGCAACGUUGCGACGCAUCCUGAUCUUAAUAUCGCAGAGCACAUCAAAGAUUCGGAUUCAGACCUAAGGAAGGAGGCAGCUUGGGCCGAAUAUUCCAGCGCAAAAUUCUUAUUCCUAGGCUACCUUGUGGAAAUUGCAAGCAACCGGGAUAUCCAUUUGGUGAUUAUGGUACAGGGAGAGAAAACCCAAAAAGUGGUUGAGCAAUACCUGAUUGGUAAAGGUCUCAUAUACACUCGACCACGUGAGGAAAUGGGGUCUGGCACUAAUCUAGAGGUUUCUCUGCUAAAAGGUUCCUUGAGUUUGGGGAUCCAAUCUACACACAGUGAAGGGAUCACUGAGACAUACAAAUCGCCCUCUGCAAUCAUUGCACUGGACUCAUCUUUAAAUGCGAAGAGUCCAUCGGUUGAGCAUAUGCGAACCACAUUUGCUCGUCAUGGUAACCUACUUCCCAUCAUUCGACUCAUAGUCUCAAACUCCAGUGAGCACAUUGAACUCUGUUUUCCGGAUCCUCCAGAGCUCCAACGUCUCCAGUUGAUCGUCCAAUACACUGUCCGUCUCCGUAAUAUAGUAGGUGAUCUGCAAGACGAUGCCCUUGGUGUGCGUGAAGAUGUGGAAGAGAUAUUGCCUUGGCUCUCUUCGGAUCACUUCAGUAUUAGCUGGCCUUUGACCCCCAUUGAACCUUUACACGUCGUGAGCUCCGAGAAGCUUUUAUCUGUUCAACUUGAAGCUCAACCUCAAACGACUGUUGACAGUACACCAGACUCCAACUCACAAGCUCAAAAGCGUCCAUUUGUGGAAGACUCAAGCGAGCAUGCUUCUAAAAGACUAAGGUUGGAAAUGUCACAGGAUAACACCCAACUUACCGAAUCAACGAAAUUUCCAAGUCAAACCCUGGAUAGCGGUCUGCAUGCAUUGGAGAAGAAUCUCGUGCAGAUGAGAACUGCGCAUGCAGCUGAGCUUGGGAAGUUCCAGAAUGCGUUAACCGACAUACAAUCCCGCUUACAAGAGAGAGAGAAACUACUCGAGUCGCUCCAGCAUCGCUAUGAAACUCGAACUAGAGACCUCCACAAGAUCCGUCGGGAGCGGGAUCGCUUAGCCGAAUAUAAAGCCACAUCAGAGCAGAGAAUUGAAAAACAAAGAGAGGAUAUUAGCAAGCUAAAGGAUGAGCGCACCCAGCUAAGGCAAGAUCUUGAGCAGGCAAGGGGGGAGGUCAAAACUGGGGGAGGUGCUGUAGCAGAACUGGAGACGGCUCGGGAAGAUAUUCGGCGCCUGACACAAGAGAAUUCUGGCCUUGAACGGAAGGCAGAAUACGAGGCCAAGCAAGCCGAGUAUACUCGCGAGCAGUACCAAACUGCUUCUAACAUUGCGGCUCAAACUGGGAACGAGAUCCGCCAACUUCGAGAAGAGAACGAGUUAUUAAAGCGUAAGGUUGCUGGCAAUGCUAGUCGCCUACGAGAAAUCAAUAUAGAGAACGACGGGGCACGGCAUCUAUCUCGUAUCUCCGAAUUGGAAGCUAUUCUUACAUCCCGCGAAGAUCUGCUGCGCCGAAAAGAGGAUGAGCUGCGGGAAAUCCGCAAGAAUCGGCCGUCCACCCGCUCGACGAGCACUCAACCUCGCAGCCCGAGACUGACCGCUGGAAGCCGUCCAACGAGCCCAGGAAUCAAUAAUCAUAAUGGACGUGGCAGCGCGUUAAGGUUCAGCUCCGAGAUGCCCAGUUAAGGUCUUACCUGUUUUGCAUAACCCUACCAACUUAAGUGGAAUUUCUAUCAUGUUACAGCGACUCCACCGAUUUCAUUCUUGCGUUCUAUGACGUUUGCAUGGAGAAGGGCGUGCAUUUGAUGCUUUUCUUUCAUCACUGACUUUGCAUUGUCUGGGCGUUUUGUAUGCCUGCACCCUUUCUCCCUUUUUUUUUUCUUCUCAUUUUGUGUGGGCCUUGCGCCCCUCCUUUAGUUGUCUACGUUGAAAAUUUGAAUUGGAUGCAUUAUUUAUGUAGGCCAUCCUUAUGACUACAUUGCCUCAAUUUGUUUGCAAGAUUUUCCGUUGUUCUACUACCCUAGGACUUCCUUUUCCAAAGCCAACAACAGCGAUUAGUCAAUAUGUAGGCUAUUUUAGUAUUGAUUAUGCUACGCAACAAUAUCUCGUUGUUCCAAU